UAGGUAUUUUUCUUAUUUCAGAAAUAAGCAACCAUGUUUUACGCACAUUUUGUGCUGGCCAAAAAGGGCCCCUUGGCCCGAAUUUGGCUGGCCGCUCAUUGGGAUAAAAAGCUCACAAAAGCCCAUGUCUUUGAGACCAAUAUUGAGAAGUCCGUUGAUGGCAUCUUGCAGCCAAAGGUAAAGAUGGCCUUGAGAACAUCAGGUCACUUGCUGUUGGGUGUGGUAAGAAUUUACUCCCGAAAGGCCAAGUAUCUCCUGGCUGAUUGUAAUGAAGCCUUUGUCAAGAUCAAAAUGGCCUUCAGACCAGGCAUGGUCGAUUUGCCAGAGGACAUCAGGGAGGCGGCAGUCAGUGCCAUCACACUCCCAGAGGUGUUCCACGACUUCGACACUGCCAUGCCAGAGCUGAAUGAUGUCGACAUCCAGGCGCAGUUCACUCUCAACCAGUCACGUGCUGAAGAGAUCACAAUGAGGGAAGACUAUGGCAACAUCUCUUUGGUGACCGGAGAUGAUGGCUUUGGAGACAUGGGCUUCGAGGAACCUCCAGAUAUCAUGAGGGAUGCAUCUGCCAUGGACCAGACUCUAGACCACCCCAACCUGAUCUUCGGAGACAACACCCCCUUGGACAAGGAGAAGGAACCCAGUGCGUCUAAGGAGCAGGACUCCAGAUUAUCCACAGCAAGGGCAGAUACCUCCGCUCUUGACCUCGAAGCGCCAAUCAGAGACGAUGGCUUUGGGGGCAACCUCGGGCAAGACAUCAUUGCCGGCGGGCUCUUUGAAGGAGGACUCUUCGACGACACGCCCAUUGACGACGGGCCGAGCCUUGAUGAACCCAAAGAAGAGAGACAUGACGACUCUGAUGACGACGGGCUGGACAGGUUCGCAGGUCCUCCCUCAGUUGGUCCGCCAUCCUCAGAGGAAGGCUCUCGCCCAUCUACUCCCAAGCCUGAGAAUCCAGACCCGGUUGAAGCGGAUGAGGUCCCACCACCCGAAGGCGUGGAAGCAGCUCCUCAAAGUCAGGCUGACGAGACGCUUGCUGGACACGAGCAAACGACUUUACUUCAGAAUGAGGAGGAGAGCUUUGCCCUUGCCCCAGUGGACGCCUCUGCUAUCAAGUCGGGUUGGCCGCGCGCCAAAAGGAAGAGGAAGCUGAUUGUCGACGAAGUGAAGAAUAUCUCGGGCGAAGAAAUGAAGGCGCAGCUCUCAGACACAACAGACAUUGUAACUACCUUGGACCUGGCGCCACCAACCAAGCGCUUGAUGCACUGGAAGGAAACUGGUGGUGUGGAAAAGCUGUUUGCCCUCCCUGGCCGCCCAAUAUACGCCCGCUCCCUUGCGCGUAUCUACCAGCGACACCUCACGUCAGAACCCGCCCAGAACGAGGACUUCGGCAUGGCUGGAGACAGGGAGCUGGAGAAUCUCAGCUUAGAAGUGGUGCGUGAGGCUGAGGAGCAAGAAACACCAGCUGCCCCCAAAACAAGAGGCCGACCUCCAAAGAGAAAGCACCCGGAACCAGAAGAGGAGGAGGAGGAGCCGCAGGUUCUGAGCAUGUCGACGAGAAACAUGGACCUCAACAACCAGAUGAUGUCGCCACAAGCCCCAGAGACCCCAGCCCCCCCAGCCCCUUUGGAAGAACAGCCCCCGACUGCGCAAACGCCUGCCCCUGGCGGCGAUGUCAUUACUCUCGACGAGGCUGCCGAGAACCCACAAACCCCGGGCAUUCCCGACGAGGCCGCUGCUGCCAUCCAGGAAGCCGUUCCGCCAGAGACCCCAGCCCCGGCCACUCCUUUCCACAAUCCAGAACAGCCACCAGAGAGCGUGCCAAGCCAGACGCCUGCAUACGCCACACCCUUCCAGAGUCCGAUGCACAUGGAGCUGGAGAACUUGGGAUUCGACGAGAAUCAGCCUCCGAUGGAAAAUCACGGUUACGAGGAGUCCCACCCCCCAGCCAACACUCCAGGGGGGUUGUCAGAUGGUGGACCGAGAUCGAAUUACUCAGAACGGGCAAAUACCCCCACGACACCAUUCAGACAGGACGAGGCCCAUGAAGAGGAGAGGUAUUCACUAAGCCAGCCUUAUAUCCAUGGGAAUUUUUGGUCUUGGUCAUCAUAUGCCAAAAUAUUCACCAAUGGAGAUAUACCAACAGUACUGGUCCUGCAUGUAUCUCUCGUGGACCAUUUUCCCUCUCAGAAUCAGCCUCCGAUGGAAAAUCACGGUUACGAGGAGUCCCACCCCCCAGCCAACACUCCAGGGGGGUUGUCAGAUGGUGGACCGAGAUCGAAUUACUCAGAACGGGCAAAUACCCCCACGACACCAUUCAGACAGGACGAGGCCCAUGAAGAGGAGGAGGAACAAGCAGAUGAUGAAACUUACGAACAGUUUGAAGAACGUGUGGUCAACAAGCGUGCCGGACACAUGUUCCACUCCAUCAAGAGGAGGCUAAGAAGCAACAACAUCUUGUUCUCAGACAUGGUUCACCAGAACAACAGAAAGCAGGUGGCACAGAAGUUCUACACAAUGCUGGUGUUGAAGAAGCUCCAAGCCGUGGAGCUGCAUCAAGAGGGUCCUUUCACAGAAAUGUUCAUCAGCAGAGGUGCAUUGUUUGAAAAUGCAUCCUUAUAAAUACACUGUUCAUUUGGUGAGAUGCGUGUGUGUGUGUGUGUGCGCGUGUGCGUGUUCACUGUACGUUUAAGGAGGACCAAAGAGGCUAUUUCACUGUGCCUAGGAGAAGGGAAAGUUUCAACUGUACAUAUAUCAGCACCUGGUUGACUGCAGAAUUAGCCAAAAGAAGGGACUGUAGGACAUGGUAACAUAUCGGUUGAUAUGUGUGUGGACGUAGAUUAUACAUCAGCACUGGAGCUUAGGGUUCUUGUCCGUGGGCAAGAACACACCUUACAUAGGAUUAAACUAAUCAAAAUAUUUACAGAAAUAUUAACAAAAAAAAAUGAUUUAUGGUUAUCUGGGUUCAUGGCAGAGUUUUUAUAACAUUGGGCAGAAAUUAUUAAAUUUCAAAAUCUUUAGUAACACUGUUUAUAUAUAUAAAGAUACAUGGAUGCAUAUGUAAUUAUGUAUGUAUUUAUACAUAUAUAUAUAUAUACAAAGAUACUGAUUGGGAAAAGAUAAAUAUACAUAGGUGUAUGCAAAAGAAAUGGUUAUUAUUACUGUUGUAAUCUUUUAUUUAUUGUAUAAUAUUUUAUAAAUGUAUUGUUGGUAUACCAAAUUGUAAUUGGAUUACCUCAUGCCAAGGCCUGGAUCCAAAUCCUGGUCACAGUACCUUUAAGGGUUAAUAUGUUGUCAGGGCGUGUCUUUUGCGAGGGAAAUAUUCAAAAUUACUUAAAUGAUAUAUAGCAACUUUGUUGAAAAUGAAUGAUUAUUAAGAAUAUGAUUACAAUAACGGUAAUAAUCAUGCAACAACACUUUUUCUUGUAAAGAAAAAGUAAUGAUCAUACAAAAAAAAAAAAAAGUAGUAUUCAUUGUCAAAAUUUGAGUAUUUUGCUUUGAAAGUUACUCUUUUUGUUUCUCCUUGGAGAGGCAAGUAAUGCAGAAUAUUUAGCCUUGCAUUGCUUUGCUUGAUUCCUGUAGUACAGGUCAAAGUUGACUCCUGCCUUUAAGGUAUAUUGUUUAGAAGUGAAGGGCAUCAUCAGUUCUGUUGUUUUGAGAACUUUAAACUAAACUUCUUUUUUUUUUCUGGGACAACCCCUUUUUUAUAUGUAUAUAAAUACCAAUAUUAUCUCGUAUUAUCAUCGUGAUUUUAAAAAAAAACUGUUCUGCCCAUAGAUAGAUUCAGAUUUUGUACACGAAAGGUCUCAAAAAAAAAAGGCUGGAUCACAAGAUACGGUUAUACUUUUUUAAAGAGUAGAAGAGGUCUUAUGUUUGCGGUCGCUCCACUUGGAAGAAAAUUUGUGUGAGAGGUUUAUUUAGAUGUGAAACGGAAGUAUCCAUUUCUGUGUCUUGUCUUGGUUUCGAAUAUUCCCAAUGUGUUAUGGUGGCAUUUAAAUGCCACCUUAGUCGCGCAGCCUGGUGGUUGUAAAGCAGAUGUGCUAUUACUUAUCAUUUUACUUGCUAAAAGAGUCGAAUAUACUUACCACGAUAGCAAAAAAAGACUAAUGUGUAUAUGGUUAUAUUUUAGUUCUGAUGUUAUGAUGUCUUAACCAUCCCCCCACCCCCCCACCCCCUACAUUUUCACUUCAUAUUCACUUUCACAAGAAUUGCAUUAAAUUUCCAAAUUCAGAAAAUACAUUUUUUUUUUUUCAUCCCUUGAUUGAUGAGAAUUAUAUGGGGAUUUUCAGGAAAAGAUCUAGGAGCAUUUUAUUAUAUUUCAUUUUCAUCUUUGUUUUUAUUUUUUAUUUAUUUUUUAUUUUUUUUAUGUCUGGUUUUAUUUCCUUCCUGUGGCCAUCAUUGUGUUUUGCAUAUCUGUGUUUCUGGGUCCGAUUGAGGAAGUGUGGUGCCACUGAAGUACAAAUUUUCUUUCAUGAAUGUGUACCUUUUCCUUUUUUCUCUUUUUCUUUUUUCUUUUAUGCAAAGUAAUGCCCGGUGUCUCGUUCACAUUGCUCGCCGUAGACUUCUCAUAGUUAAAUUUAUAUAUUGAGUAUUAGAUGUCUUGCAGCAACUGACAAGCCAUCUGCCAUUACGAGACAGCAUUAUGCAAAACAGUGAUUCCAUUGGGAAGGUAAACUUUACUAGAACUUUUCUCAAGUGUUUGUCUGUAUGUGUAUAAAGAAUGAAAAUUUGUAUUAUUUGUAGAGAUUUUUGUAUUUUCAUUUAUAUGUAUUUGUAUGUCACAUGUGUAUACGUUAUUGGUGAAAGGUGUGUGAGAAAAGAAAAUUUACUGUACAAAUAUAUUAUAUGUAAUGCUUCUAACUAUACCAGAGGAUUUUAUGAAUCAUGUAAAAAUUGUCUGAUAUAGUAUUUAAGAAUUAUGAAGUUGGUAGUGUGUGUGUGUAUGUGUGUGCGUUUGUGAUGCAAAAAUAGGGUAAGGAUCUAUGGAAAAAUGCAGUUCAUGUUGUGUUGGUAUAUUGAAUAAAGCAGUUUACAGAUAUUAUUUUCAGUGUUAUCACCAGAUUGGAUGUAGAAAGGAAGCAAAAAGAAAAAAAAGCAGAGUAUUUAUAAAAAUUUUAACAAUAAAAUGAAAAGCGAUUUGA